AAGUCGUCGCCAUGGCCCGUUGGAUCCCUACCAAGAGGCAGAAGUACGGGGUUGCAAUCUACAACUACAAUGCAUCUCAAGAUGUGGAACUCUCCUUGCAGAUCGGCGACACCGUCCACAUCCUGGAGAUGUAUGAGGGUUGGUACAGAGGAUAUGCUCUCCAGAACAAAUCUAAAAAGGGCAUUUUUCCUGAAACAUACAUCCAUUUGAAGGAGGCAACCGUGGAAGAUGGAGGGCAGCAUGAGACCGUGAUUCCUGGAGAGUUGCCCCUGGUUCAGGAGCUCACGAACACGCUACGAGAAUGGGCCGUCAUCUGGCGCAAGCUCUAUGUGAACAACAAGGUGACACUAUUCCGCCAGCUGCAGCAAAUGACAUACAGUCUGAUCGAGUGGCGCUCCCAGAUCCUAUCUGGGACACUCCCCAAGGACGAACUUGCAGAGCUAAAGAAGAAGGUCACAGCCAAAAUUGAUCAUGGGAACAGAAUGCUUGGGCUAGAUCUGGUCGUGCGGGAUGACAACGGAAACAUCUUAGAUCCGGAUGAGACCAGCACCAUUGCCCUGUUCAGGGCCCAUGAAGUUGCUUCUAAAAGGAUAGAGGAAAAGAUCCAAGAGGAAAAGAGCAUUUUGCAGAACCUGGACUUGAGAGGCCAGGCAAUCUUCAGUACUGUCCACACUUAUGGCCUCUAUGUGAACUUCAAGAACUUUGUCUGUAACAUCGGGGAGGAUGCGGAGCUGUUCAUCGCCCUGUAUGACCCAGACCAGUCCACCUUCAUCAGUGAGAACUACCUAAUUCGCUGGGGCAGUAAUGGGAUGCCCAAGGAGAUAGAGAAGCUGAAUAACCUCCAAGCCGUGUUCACCGAUCUCAGCAGUACAGACCUCAUCCGGCCACGCAUCAGCCUCGUGUGCCAGAUUGUACGGGUGGGCCGCAUGGAGCUGAAGGAGGGCAAAAAGCACACCUGUGGGCUCCGGAGGCCCUUUGGAGUAGCAGUGAUGGAUAUUAGUGACAUCGUGCACGGGAAGGUGGAUGAUGAAGAAAAGCAGCAUUUUAUUCCCUUUCAGCAAAUUGCCAUGGAAACCUACAUCCGCCAGAGACAGCUCAUCAUGUCACCCUUGAUAACCUCCCAUGUGAUUGGAGAGAAUGAGCCACUCACUUCGGUCCUAAAUAAAGUCAUAGCUGCAAAGGAAGUGAAUCACAAAGGACAAGGUCUUUGGGUAUCCUUAAAGUUACUGCCAGGUGACCUCACACAGGUUCAGAAGAACUUUUCACACCUGGUGGACAGAUCAACAGCAAUCGCUCGGAAAAUGGGCUUUCCAGAAAUAAUCCUGCCAGGGGAUGUUCGAAAUGAUAUUUAUGUCACCCUAAUCCAUGGGGAGUUUGACAAGGGGAAGAAGAAGACACCUAAGAACGUGGAGGUGACCAUGUCUGUGUUUGAUGAGGAAGGCAACCUUUUAGAGAAAGCCAUUCAUCCUGGUGCUGGAUACGAAGGCGUCUCGGAGUACAAGUCAGUGGUGUAUUACCAAGUCAAGCAACCUUGUUGGUACGAGACAGUCAAGGUCUUCAUUGCUAUUGAGGAGGUCACACGCUGCCACAUAAGAUUUACCUUCCGACACAGGUCAUCUCAAGAAUCCAGAGAUAAAUCAGAGCGAGCCUUUGGGGUGGCCUUUGUGAAACUGAUGAACGCGGACGGCACCACACUGCAGGAUGGGAGGCAUGACCUGGUGGUGUACAAGGGUGAUAAUAAGAAAAUGGAAGAUGCUAAAUACUAUCUGACUCUGCCUGGGACUAAAGCAGAGCUGGAAGAAAAAGAACUCCAAGCAUCCAAAAACCCAUCCGUCUUCACACCCAGCAAAGACAGCACGAAAGACAGUUUUCAGAUCGCCACCCUCAUCUGCUCCACAAAGCUCACCCAGAACGUGGACCUGCUAGGCUUACUAAACUGGCGUUCCAAUUCUCAGAACAUUAAGCACAACCUGAAGAAGUUAAUGGAAGUGGACGGAGGAGAGAUCGUUAAGUUUUUACAGGACACACUGGAUGCACUUUUUAACAUAAUGAUGGAAAUGUCAGACAAUGAAACGUAUGACUUCCUUGUGUUUGACGCUCUGGUCUUCAUCAUCUCGCUGAUAGGAGACAUCAAGUUUCAGCAUUUUAACCCUGUACUGGAAACCUACAUUUACAAGCACUUCAGUGCCACCUUGGCACACGUGAAACUCUCCAAGGUACUGAACUUCUAUGUGGCUAAUGCUGAGGACCCUAGCAAGACGGAAUUGCUGUUUGCUGCUUUGAAAGCCUUGAAGUACCUGUUUCGAUUCAUCAUCCAGUCUCGGGUGCUCUACUUGAGGUUUUAUGGUCAGAGCGAAGAUGGAGACGAAUUUAACAACUCAAUCCGCCAGCUGUUUCUUGCUUUCAACACGCUGAUGGACAGGCCUCUGGAAGAAGCUGUCAAGAUCAAGGGGGCAGCCUUGAAGUACCUUCCCAGCAUAAUUAAUGAUGUCAAACUGGUGUUUGAUCCCAUGGAGCUCAGCGUGCUCUUCUGCAAGUUCAUUCAAAGCAUUCCUGACAACCAGUUGGUCCGGCAGAAACUUAACUGCAUGACCAAGAUAGUGGAGAGCAGCCUUUUCCAGCAGGCAGAGUGCAGGGAGGUGCUGCUGCCGCUACUGACAGACCAGCUCAGUGGCCAGCUGGACGACCACUCAACCAAGCCCGACCACGAGGCAAGCUCACAGCUUCUAAGCAACAUACUAGAGGUGCUGGACAGGACGGAUGUGGGUCCCACUUCAGCACACAUACAGCUGAUCAUGGAGAGGCUGUUGAGAAGGAUCAACCGGACCGUGAUUGGGAUGAGUCGACAGUCUCCUCACAUCGGCAGCUUUGUGGCUUGCAUGAUUGCCGUCUUACGACAAAUGGAGGACAGCCACUACAGCCACUACAUCAGCACCUUCAAAACCAGACAGGACAUCACUGACUUUCUCAUGGAAACCUUCAUUAUGUUUAAGGAUCUAAUUGGAAAGAAUGUGUAUGCCAAAGAUUGGAUGGUCAUGAAUAUGACCCAAAACAGGGUUUUCCUUCGUGCCAUCAAUCAGUUUGCUGAAGUUCUUACCAAGAACUUCAUGGACCAGGCAAGCUUUGAACUUCAGCUCUGGAACAAUUACUUCCAUUUGGCAGUAGCUUUUCUCACCCACGAGUCCCUCCAGCUUGAAACUUUCUCAGAAGCCAAGCGCAACAAAAUUGUGAAAAAAUAUGGUGACAUGAGAAAAGAAAUCGGCUUUAGGAUUCGGGACAUGUGGUAUAACCUGGGGCCACACAAAAUCAAAUUCAUCCCAUCCAUGGUGGGUCCCAUUCUGGAAGUCACUCUGACCCCUGAAGUGGAGCUCCGUAAAGCCACGAUCCCCAUUUUCUUUGAUAUGAUGCAAUGCGAGUUCAACCUGAGUGGAAAUGGCAACUUCCACACGUUUGAGAAUGAGUUGAUCACAAAGCUGGAUCAGGAAGUGGAAGGUGGCCGAGGAGAUGAACAAUACAAGGUUCUUCUGGAAAAGCUACUCUUAGAGCAUUGCCGGAAACAUAAAUACCUCUCGAGCUCUGGGGAAGUCUUUGCCCUCCUGGUCAGCAGCCUCCUAGAGAACUUGCUGGACUACAGAACCAUCAUCAUGCAUGACGAGAGCAAAGAGAACCGCAUGAGCUGUACGGUAAACGUUCUGAAUUUUUAUAAAGAAAAGAAGCGAGAGGACAUAUACAUACGGUAUUUGUACAAGCUUCGAGAUUUGCACAGAGACUGUGAGAACUACACAGAAGCUGCCUACACACUCCUCUUACACGCCGAGCUUCUGCAGUGGUCGGACAAGCCCUGUGUGCCUCACUUGCUGCAGAGGGAUAGUUACUAUGUUUAUACCCAGCAGGAGCUUAAAGAGAAACUGUAUCAAGAGAUCAUAUCCUAUUUUGAUAAAGGCAAAAUGUGGGAGAAAGCCAUCAAGCUGAGCAAAGAGCUGGCAGAGACCUACGAGAGCAAAGUAUUUGACUACGAGGGCCUGGGCAGUCUCUUGAAAAAAAGAGCCUUGUUUUACGAGAACAUCAUUAAGGCCAUGAGGCCCCAGCCCGAAUACUUUGCUGUGGGAUACUACGGACAGGGCUUCCCUUCCUUCCUGCGGAACAAAAUCUUCAUCUACCGGGGAAAGGAGUACGAGAGGCGAGAAGACUUCAGCUUGAGGUUGCUGACCCAGUUCCCCAAUGCUGAGAAGAUGACCAGUACCACACCACCAGGGGAAGACAUCAGGUCAUCCCCAAAGCAGUACCUGCAGUGCUUCACGGUAAAGCCUGUGAUGUGCUUGCCGCCCAGCUACAAGGACAAACCGGUUCCAGAGCAGAUCUUGAACUACUACAGAGCCAAUGAAGUGCAGCAGUUCAGAUAUUCCCGGCCAUUCAGGAAAGGAGAAAAAGACCCGGAAAAUGAGUUUGCCACCAUGUGGAUUGAAAGGACCACGUACACGACGGCCUAUACCUUCCCUGGGAUUCUCAAGUGGUUCGAAGUCAAACAUAUUUCAGUAGAAGAGAUCAGUCCUUUGGAGAAUGCCAUAGAAACCAUGGAGCUGACCAACGAGAGGGUCAGCAACUGCGUGCAGCAGCAUGCCUGGGACCAUUCUCUCUCUGUGCACCCGCUCUCCAUGCUACUCAGCGGCAUCGUGGACCCAGCUGUCAUGGGGGGAUUCUCCAACUACGAAAAGGCUUUUUUUACAGAAAAGUACUUACAAGAGCAUCCUGAGGACCAAGAGAAGGUGGAGCUCCUCAAGCGGCUGAUUGCCUUACAGAUACCUCUGCUCACGGAAGGGAUCCGCAUCCAUGGGGAGAAGCUGACGGAGCAGCUCAAGCCGCUGCAUGACCGGCUAUCUUCAUGCUUCCGUGAACUCAAAGAGAAAGUAGAGAAGCUGUAUGGGGUCAUAACCCUGCCACCCAGCAUGACGGAGAGGAAGCCAAGCCGUGCAGGCUCGAUGGUACUGCCCUACAUCAUGUCCUCCACGCUGCGCAGGCUGUCUGUCACCUCUGUGGCCUCCUCAGUGGUGUCCACCUCCUCCAACUCUUCUGACAAUGCACCUUCCAGGCCAGGAUCUGAUGGGUCCAUCCUGGAACCAUUGUUUGAACGCAGAGCUUCAUCAGGUGCCAGAGUUGAAGAUCUGCCACCCAGAGAAGACAGUGAGAACCGGAUUAGCAAGUUCAAGAGGAAAGACUGGAGUCUGAGCAAGUCACAGGUCAUUGCAGAGAAAGCUCCAGAACCUGAUAUGAUGAGCCCAGGCAAAAAAACACAAAGGCCAAAGAGUCUCCAAUUGGUGGACAGCCGGCUGACACCAUUCCACAGUCCUUCGCCUCUGCAGCCUACAGCCUUGAGCCCACCUCCGCUCACUCCCAAAGCCACAAGGACCCUAAGCUCCCCAUCUCUGCAGACGGAUGGGCUGAUGGCUUCUGUCCCUCCUCCACCUCCCCCCAAAAGCAAACCGUAUGAGAGCAGUCAGAGGAACUCUGCUGAGAUUGCUCCCCCGCUGCCUGUCCGGAGAGACGCCAAAGCCCCGCCUCCACCCCCUCCAAAGGCUCGGAAAUCAGGCAUCCUCUCUUCUGAGCCAGGCUCUCAGUGAGGCUGUCACCCUGGCUCUGCACCUCUGAGUGCCUUGGACCCCUGCUGCCUGAGAAUGGCACCUACGAAGGGUGGGCUGUGGUGCAGGGCUCACUGCCAGCUCUGCUUCCAGCACUGAGACGGCUCCCCAACUCAGAACUGUUUUGUCUGGCUGAACGCUGAGUCGCAUCCCCUUCAGCCCACGGCACUUCCAGAACUGGCUAUCUGUCUGCAUGAAGAAACAAGUGGUCUCCCUUUCCCAUGGUGCCACGUUGGCCUCAACCACUGACUUGCUAGAUCUGCAGAUGCCCCGGCCAGCUCUCCUGUGGUGACACAGGGACAGUGGAGUUGAGGACAGCCCCAGCACUGACUCCUGUGUGGAUUUCUCAGUUAGCUUCUGGACAGCUGUGCUGAAGACUUCCUUCUCUCCUGCUUGCAUCCCUGACGUGUAUAACCUGAAAGAGCCAGAUACCAAGUACACUCCAGGAGCCAGCAUGGCUCUUUCCCUAAUGUCUGCUGUCUCCUUUGAGGAAAAGACCCCACGUAUGUAGUGGAGGUGGGCCACUCUCAGGUGUAGAUGGCUUCUCUUGAGAUACCGCAGACUCACGUUCUGGCAUUCUCCUGAAGAAUGGCCUUCACCACACAGCAGUACCUUGCUGUGCCUUGGAUUCUAUUGACGCUCUUUGGUACUCGUUUCUCAUCUUCUUCCUUUGAGCUCAAAUCCUGGGCUCUAAGGGGACGUAGGAGCCUGGGCUCUACCGACUACAUUUCCACACUCUGUUGGACUGACGGUGGUCCCUGCCUGCUACUUGAUUUUACCUUGGAAAAUACAGUGCAAUAUUCCCUUUGAUUAUUUAUUCCUCUUGAUCAUGGAGUGAAUUUGAUUGAUUACUAAUGGUACUAAUUAAUGGCCAUACUCCUUUCAGAAGGAAAAAUUAGGAUGACUUGGAUGUUCAAAUAUUAUGUUGACAUAAAUGACCACAAGAUGCUAUCGAUAUUUUGAGUUAGAUGGGUUUUUAAAUUCACACACACACGCACCCGCACCCUCACAUUCAUUCUUACUCACCUCAUUUUGCAGGUAAAGAAAUGGAGGCUUCAUGCCAAAAGUGGACUACAGGCUUUUACUAACAGCCCAGCUUGCUCACAUGCGACGUACCCAAGAUAGCAUCUCUAGCAAGGUCUUGAGUGCCUAGCCCAGUGGGAAUGGUAUUUGAAAAGCCCCAGAGAGUUCUAACAGACUUGGUUGUUGAUGACAAAACUGAAAGCUUUCUGCGGCUUGGGUAUACCUCAAAUCACUCCAGUGGCCUUGCCCUUUUUUUCCAAGUUCAAGUGAGCAGGGGGAUUCUAGCCGUGAGGAUCUGCCUUUGCACAUCAGCCUCUUCAUUUGCAUGUCUCCGCUCACCACCACCUUUGCUAGGGAGAUGAGCCUGGGUCAUCACACCGAUCAAAGGAGCAAAAGACACAGAGGCAUGCCUGGCACAGCACUAGAGAAGUUAGUAUACAUAUCCCAGAAAUGCCACCAGAAUCUCUUUACUUCCAUCAAGGAGCACCCGGCGUGCAGCCAUGGAAAACACACGGACUCUGAAAUUUCAAACUACUUUGGUCUCAAAGCCCAGGUGUCACCAUUAACUUUGCACUUGAAAUUCUCCAAGUGUUUGUUUUCUCACUUUUCAAAGUGGGGAAUAUUUCCUCCACACAGGUGGUUGUGGGUUCUGAUUAAGGUGGAGCAGGGUGUGCAGUGACUUUCUUCUCUCUGUUAGACUUGGGUAAGAUCUGAUACGGUUAAUUUUUCUUCAGGGUAUUUGAGCCUGAAUUCAGAUAUGUGUCUUCCCUAAACUAGAUGGCAGCCUGGGUCACCAUUUGCAUGGAAGGGUUAAUAAGAGUUGAAGAUUAUUUUAAGCAAAAGGAACCAGGCCCUGGUGAGGAGCAAGAAGGCACCAGAAGGGUGCUAGAGGGCUUCCAUGGAGCCUGGAACUUCUGAGAAGAGCUCUAGCAAACGGCUAAAAAAAGAUUUGAAGAUGUCACCAUGCUUUGCAGGCUGCCAUUGAAACACAGAAACUGGGUGGGAAGAGAAAAACAAAUCCUCUGCCUGUUUCUUGCAGUGAACAGUAGCAGAAGUAAGUCCUCAACCUGGUCUCUGAGCAGAGCUGGACCUGUCAGUGCCUAGAUGUGCCAACCCCCUUUUCUUUGUGAGGCAUUUUUCCAUGAUUCCCUUUCCAUAUUAAUGAAAAUAAUAGCUUUCAGCUGCCUGGACACAAAGGACGCUGGGUGAUGUCCUAGGUAGGUGCUGGUUUACAAGGCACUGGGAGAUUUAUCUCUUUGGGAAGGUAUGUUAAGGCUUCUGUUGCUAAGAUUAGCUUGUAUCAAGUUGACAUUAAAAACUAGCUGGCCCAGAAGCUGUGGAUAAAGGAGUUAAUUUGAUUAGAAGAAGAGUCAUUGUCAGUACUAAAGUUGAAGACUGUAAUGACGUUAAAUGCAAACAGGACAAGAAGAGAGAGACAGGAAGAACCAGACUUUAAUGCCCUUGCUAAGAUCUCUGAGGUAUCGAAAGGCACUGAAAUCAGCCCUGAGAUUGUCACAGUCUUUAUGAUUGAAUAUUGAUUGAUGGCUUGUGAGUUUGUGGUAUUGUUACAUUUCUUUUUUUUUUUCUUUCUCUCUUUACCAUGGUGACUUGUCUUGCCUUGAGAUUUUUUUUUCCUUUUAAGGAAAGAUUUUAUUCAGUAUACAUGUGCUGAAGGUCAGACACAGUUCUAAACCCCUUGGUACACUCAAUAGAAACAGCCUGCUCUGCAGUUUCCUCUACUAUGCUGUAGGAUCAGAAAGUCAGUAGUUUAUGGCAAGGAAGCCCGAAAUAAGGCUGCCUGGCAAUGGGCUGUCUCCUCCCUCUACCUCCACCCCUUGCUUGACUCCAGAAAUGAAGUCAUCUCUCCAGCCAGAGAAAUUAUAUAGUUAGCCACACUGCAGAUCCCCUGGGUAAAACAAGGUGUGUCACAGGAGCUGAGAUGGGACAAUAACCACUUUGUCACUGCUUUCCAAGUUGAGUCUUUCCCUUCUAGUUGCUUCCAAAUUGAGGAGCAGGUUUUCAUUUUGCAACUCAAAUGCAAAUUACUUAUAGUGAGAACACAAAGCACAGGAGUGCAGACAGAGACAUCACUAGAUAGCUAGACAUCCAGGUGACCUUUUCUCAGACAUAAGUCCUGUAUUUCAGAAGGCGCCUGAGUGCCAAUAGCACCAUUCUGUAAAACGUACUUGGGAGGUCCUUCUGAGUUUGUGCCUCUAUCCCUCACACUUCUCAGGUAUAAUGAGAAGAGGAUAAGACCCUCCCAUCACCACAAGACGACAGAGAUGGUAUCGCAUGUCACAAGUCCACUUCCUUAUAUAUUUGAGACUGCAUGGAUGUGGUCAAGUCUUUUCUGCCCUGGCCUCCUUUUUUUCCUAAGGAAACCAAAGUGAGAUUUCUGUCCAAAGGUUUUUGCUGUAUGAACUGGAAUCCACAUUUCUCAUCCUUACUGGUGCUUUCAGCCUCCCAUGCCUGGUUAUUAUGAUCAAAAGAUUUGUGAAUAUUAAUGAGUCUAGCAUCUAUUUUUGAGGUAUUGGUACAAAUUGUCCUAAUUCUCACAGCAGCCUCUGGAUGAUUGUCUUCAGAAUCACUAACCUAGGCUGCUGAGCCGAUCUCCCGUUCCUCAUUAAGGAUCAGACUUUCCUUGUGUCCUUCGGGGCAGUGGAUGACUACUGUUUUCUUGGACAUUUUCAUUCCUUCAUAAGUAUGUUAUUCAAAAUUUUAAAUUGGAAGUGCUGAAGAUCUAGUUCACUUGUUUAGUUCAUGUGAGGUCCUGGGUUCUAUUCUUGGUACAGCUAAAGGAAUAAAAAUUGGCAAAAGUGAAGCAUCUCUUUGGGUGGGUUCCUAGUCAAGCCAUCCAUUGUUAGCUGUGAAAGAAAUAGUUUUCCUUUGGGGAUAAUUCCUUCUAGCUGACUCUUCAGACUCCCACGUGCACGCCUGAGCUCAUCUCCUAAGUUGCCUCUUGCAAAUUGCUCACCCCUGUCAAAAUUCCUUCACUGUGAGUUUAUAACUAACUGGGUUUCAUCCAUGGAUAGUUAGGAAGAUGUGUGUUGAAGAGUUUUGUUCAUAUUUGCUGUUAUUUAUUUUGUAAAUUAAAAAUGGAGAUGUAUUUUAAAAGUUUGUGUUGUGUUUGCCUGGUUACUGUUCUUAGAUUAAUAAAAUGGGAUCAUGGA